AUUGGUUCACCCAUUUCACAAAAGAUUAUUUUUAAAGUAGGCUCCCGUUACAUCCACUUCAGCAACGGCCAUACGACUAGAAAAAAGCUUCUCAAAAUUUGAAUUUAUAACCUGCUCAACGGACAAACUUCAAUCAAUCCUAUCUCUCCAAAUUCAUCUCUACCAUGAAAGUCAUGAAAACCCUAAAAACCCUCAAGUUCUGGUCCAGAAAGAAGAAAAAGAAAAAGAUCACCAAUCUCCACCACCAAUCUCCGCCACCAUGCUGCUGCUGCCACCACCCAGUUCAGCCUUCAGCUCCGCCCUUACCCACCUGGAUAGAUUACGAGGAGCAGACCUACAAUCAACAUCUCUUGGAAUAUGAGGUUAACUUCUCUGAAUUUUCAGGAUUGCCAGUUUCAUAUCAAGCUCACAUUGAUCCACAAGAAGAUAGCAUCGGCAAUGUUCCACCUGAACCUGUGAAUCCACCAUUGUCAUCAGAAUCUAGUGGUGGUGGAAUCGGUUGUUCUUAUCAGCAGUACUUGGUUGAGAAUCCGGUUAAUGGAGUUCCUGUGUUGCAAUCGAGAAAAACAGAGAGAUCUGCUGGUGGCGUUGGAUGUGUGUUUAAUAUUGGUGCACAUCUGUUCAGGUGCUUCUUCCCAUGUUUUCGGAUUAGAGAUGUUUAAAUUAUGCAUUUAUUCAUAGAGGUGGGUGGUUACAUAAGCUUUUUUGGAUCACUAUUUCAAAAAAAUAAGUCUUUUAUUAUUAUUAUUAUUAUUAUUAUUAUAAAGGUUGUGUUAUAGA